AUGCUGUUGUCGAUUGGAGCAUACGGUUGUUUGAAUCAGCCAGUGAGGUUGUUGACAAGGCGUUUGCCUUUUGCUGUAUCCGCUGUUGGCACCAAUGGGGCGCUAUGGAACAAAAAUCCAGUUCGUUGCAAUGCAACGAAAGGACCAACCGUAGUGAAGAGUACACCCAUCGAAGGAGCUUCACCUCGUGCAAAGGCCGAUAAGGACUUUUUUGUGAUCAAUGAAGUCGUCAAACAACAACUCGGUCAUAUUCCUGUUGAGAAGGGUGAUCUUCACAGUCUACCAAAAAAAGUACAACGCUUCAUCGCUGAAAAGGCUGAGUUAAUGCGCCCCAAAGCGAUUCAUAUUUGUGAUGGAUCAGAGGCUGAGGCACAAGAAAUUAUUGACAAAAUGGUCGAACGUGGUAUGCUAUCGAAAUUGAAGGCCUACAAGAAUAGUUAUCUUUGCCGUACGGAUCCAAAGGAUGUAGCAAGAGUGGAAAGUAAGACGUGGAUGGUAACACCCGAAAAGUAUAAGACAGUGUGUCAUACACCUGACGGAGUGGAACCAAUGAUGGGUCAUUGGAUGAGUCCAGAUCAAUUCACUAAAGAGCUAGAUUCUCGUUAUCCGGGCUGCAUGGCCGGACGUACCAUGUAUGUAAUUCCAUACUCAAUGGGCCCUGUCGGUGGACCACUUUCUAAAAUUGGCAUUGAGUUGACAGACUCAAUGUAUGUUAUGUUAUGUAUGCGUAUCAUGACACGUGUGUCACCGAAAGUCCUUGAAGUGCUCGGCGAUGAAGACUUUGUUCGUGGAAUACAUUCGGUUGGCCUUCCUCGUCCGGUCAAAGAGCGUGUCAUCAAUCACUGGCCAUGUAAUCCAGACCGUGUGCUCAUAGCGCAUCGUCCAGCCGAACGUGAAAUUUGGUCGUUCGGUUCGGGAUAUGGCGGUAACUCGUUGCUGGGUAAGAAGUGUUUUGCGCUGAGAAUUGCGAUGAAUGUCGCUCGCGAAGAGGGUUGGAUGGCUGAGCACAUGCUCAUCAUGGGCGCCACCGGUCCGGAUGGCAAGGAGCAUUUCAUCGCGGCUGCAUUCCCAUCAGCGUGCGGUAAGACCAAUCUGGCGAUGUUACAGCCAAGGUUACCUGGCUGGAGAGUGAGAUGUGUUGGUGAUGAUAUUGCUUGGAUGCGAUUCGGCGAAGACGGACGUUUGUACGCAAUUAAUCCUGAAGCUGGAUUCUUUGGUGUUGCACCAGGAACGUCGCAUAAGACAAAUCCUAUGGCAAUGGCCAGUUUCCAGGAGAAUAGCAUCUUCACGAAUGUCGCUGAGACUGCGGAUGGUGAAUACUUUUGGGAAGGACUGGAGGAUGAAGUGAAAGAUAAGAAAGUGGAUAUGAUCAAUUGGUUGGGUGAGAAAUGGCAUAUCGGCGAUAAAACUCUAGCCGCACAUGCGAAUUCUCGUUUCACUGCUCCGGCUGGUCAAUGCCCAAUCAUUCAUCCAGACUGGGAAUCACCCAAAGGUGUUCCGAUUGAUGCGAUCGUUUUUGGAGGACGAAGACCUGUGGGAGUUCCACUGGUGUUCGAGACGUUCUCGUGGAACCAUGGUAUCUUUACGGGCGCAUGCCUCAAAUCUGAAGCGACUGCAGCCGCCGAGUACAAGGGCAGAACGGUGAUGCACGACCCGAUGGCAAUGCGUCCUUUCAUGGGUUAUAAUUUCGGUGAAUAUCUUCAACACUGGAUUAAUAUGAAUCAGAAAGGACGUAAGAUGCCAAAAAUAUUCCACGUAAACUGGUUCCGUAGAGACAAGGAUGGUGGCUUCUUGUGGCCAGGAUUCGGUGACAAUAUACGUGUGGUGGACUGGAUUAUACGCCGUUUAGGUGGUGACGCGAGCAUUGCACAAGAAACUCCGAUCGGAUUUGUUCCGAAAAAAGGAUCACUCAACUUGGAAGGUCUCAAAGAUAUCAAAUACGAUGAACUGAUGAGUGUACCAAAAGAUUAUUGGCAGGAGGAUGUCCAGGAUGUCAAAAACUUCUUCGAUCAGCAGGUUCCUUUUGCUGCUUUAUAA